ACUUGCCAUCCUCCAAGACGCAUGGUCAAUAUCACAACGCUGGCGCGCAGCAAAGACAGACAGACAGACGCUAGCAAAGGCCCAACCAUGCAAGCCCAGCAGCUCCUGAAUCAGCUGCGCUUCCCCGAGCUGGAUGAGGUGCGGCAGUACCUGCGCAGCCUGUCCACACACACGUUGGUGGGUGUGGGGGCAUUUGCUGCUCUCACAACCUACUGGUACACCACCCGGCCCAAGGCCCUGAAGCCACCGUGCGAUCUGAAAAUGCAGUCCGUCGAGGUUCCGGGAGGAGAGUAUGCCCGCCGGUCAGCGCUGAUGGACAGCGACAAACACAUGACCCACAUGUACAACGACGCCAAGACCAUGUAUGAGUUCUUCCUCAGGGGCGCACGGGUCUCCAACAAUGGUCCCUGUCUUGGAGCAAGACAACCAAGCCAGUCCUAUGAGUGGCUGUCAUACUCCGAGGUAGCAGAGAAGGCAGAGAACCUGGGCUCAGCGCUGCUCCACAGGGGACACACUAAAACCAAAGACCAGUUCAUUGGCAUCUUCGCUCAGAACCGACCAGAGUGGACCAUCGCUGAGCUGGCCUGCUAUACCUUCUCCCUGGUGGCUGUGCCCCUGUAUGACACUCUGGGCACUGAGGCCAUCGCCUAUGUCAUCGACAAGGCCAACAUUUCCAGCAUACUGUGUGACUUCCCUGAGAAGGCCAGGCUGGUCCUGGAGUGCGUCUCUGGCAGGGAGCACCAUGUCAGAACCAUCAUCCUCAUGGAGCCCUUUGAUGAUGAGCUGGUGGCCAAGGGGAAGGACUGUGGCAUGGACAUUCUCAGCCUGAGCCAAGUGGAGGCUAUCGGCAAGGCCCACCACCACCAACCAGUUCCUCCCAGUCCUGAAGACAUGGCUGUUGUCUGCUUCACCAGUGGAACCACAGGGAACCCAAAGGGAGCCAUGCUGACACAUGGGAAUAUUGCUUCCAACUGCUCUGCCUUCAUCAAAGUCAUUGAGGAUCACCUCAUAUUAGACCACCACGAUGUUCAUAUAUCCUACCUGCCCCUUGCUCAUAUGUUCGAGAGAGUUGUAGAGGGAGUCAUUCUGGUGCAUGGGGGGAGGAUUGGUUUCUUCCAGGGAGACAUCCGACUGCUGAUGGAUGACCUCACCACCUUAAGGCCUACAGUGUUUCCUGUGGUGCCACGCCUCCUCAACAGGAUGUUCGACAAGAUCUAUGGGCAGGCUAACACCUCUCUGAAGAGGUGGGUGCUGGACUUUGCCUUUAAAAGGAAAGAGGCUGAGCUGCUGAGUGGCAUCAUUAGGAGGGACAGCAUCUGGGACAAACUCAUCUUUAGGAAAGUGCAGGCCAGUCUGGGAGGACGGGUGCGUCUGAUGAUAACAGGUGCUGCCCCCGUGUCUGCCACGGUGCUGACGUUCCUGCGAGCCGCGCUGGGCUGCCAAUUGUAUGAGGGGUAUGGACAGACUGAAUGCACAGCGGGCUGCACAAUGACAGUACCAGGGGAUUGGACAGCAGGUCAUGUUGGAGCGCCCCUGCCAUGUAACUCGGUGAAGCUGGUGGAUGUGGCUGAGAUGAACUACCUUGCUGCCAAUGGAGAGGGAGAGGUGUGUGUGAAAGGAGCUAAUGUGUUUCUGGGCUACUUGAAGGACCCAGAGAAGACGGAGGAGACCAUUGACGCUAACGGCUGGGUCCACACAGGGGACAUUGGCAAGUGGUUACCGAAUGGCACUUUGAGAAUUGUGGACAGGAAGAAGCACAUCUUCAAGCUGGCCCAGGGAGAGUACAUUGCACCAGAGAAGAUAGAGAAUAUCUACACCAGGAGUGAUGCAGUGGCCCAGGUCUUUGUGCAUGGGGACAGCCUACAGGCAUGCCUAGUAGCCAUCAUUGUGCCAGAUCCUGACUUCCUUCCUGGCUGGGCCAAGAAGAGAGGACUGGAGGGAUCCUACGGAGACCUAUGCAACAACAUGGAUGUAAAGAAGGCCAUCUUGGAAGACAUCUUGAAACUAGGAAAAGACAGUGGUCUGAAAUCUUUUGAGCAGGUGAAGGACAUCACCCUGUUCACAGAGAUGUUCUCUAUCCAAAAUGGACUUCUCACUCCCACCCUGAAAGCCAAGAGAGCAGAACUCAGGAACUACUUCAGGGAGCAGAUCGACAAACUGUACUCCAAGAUCAAGAUGUGAACAGUGGGAGGACGGAAGGUAGGGUGUAACCAGAGCUGGUAGAAGAGGUCUUCUAUGAAACUGAUUGAGGACAUGUCUGUGAGGCCUGGUCUAUGGAUACACUUUACCCUGUAUGACCAGUAGCUCCCUGUCUGAAUAGGAACAAAACACAAUAGGAUCAUUAGGGAAGAAUAAACUGUUCUUGAUGUCACUCUCAACUGUCAGUAAAUGAUACCACAUAGCAUCAGUACUGUAAAUAAUACCAUAUACUGGUAUAUAGCAACUGUCAGUAAAUGAUACCAUACCUCAUUAGUCUUUUCGUGUACAGAACAAACGACACACCCGGCUCUCAUUUUUCAGGGCUUCCUUUUCCAAAGCUUGUCUAUCUAUCUUGCGACUAGUUGAGUAUUGUGAGCACGUCGGUCAUCUUAGUUGUCAAUUGGGGAUGUUCAAUAGGUGAAUGAGGUACCAGUAAACCACCACCGUCCAGUGCCAUCAUGUAUAUUACUAAUCAAACCACGUUUUACAUGCGUCAAAUACAACAGGUGUAGGUAGAUCUUACUGUGAAAUGCUUACUUAAGAGCCCUUAACCAAUGAUGCCAAGUUUUUUUUUUUAAGUAUGAAAACUUUGCUAAAUAAACUAAAGGAAAAAUAGUAACACAAUAAAAAGAACAAUAACAAGGCUAUAUACAAGGUCAAGAGUCAAUGUGCAUGGGUACAGGGUUAGUCGCGGUAAUUAAGGUAAUAGGUAAGUUUAGGUAGGGGUAAAGUGCCUAUGCAUAGAUAAUAAACAGAAUAGCAGCAGCGCUUGUGUGCAUGUGGCGUCUGUGUGUGUGUGUGUGGUUAGAGUCUAGUGAGUGUACAUGGAGCCUGUGCAAGAGAGUCAGUGCAAAAAAUAGUAAUAAAUAAGGGGGUCAAUGCAUAUCGUCCGGGUAGUCAUUUGAUUGAACUGUUUAGCAGUCUUAUGGCUUGGGGGUAGGAGCUGUUAAGGAGUCUUUAGGUCCCAGACUUGGCGCUCCAGUACCGCUUGCCGUGCGGUAGCAGAGAUAGGUCUAUGACUUGGGUGGCUGGAGUCUUUGGUCAUUUUUGGGGUCAUAUAUAUAUAUAUAUAUAUAUAUAUAUAUAUUCUGCAAAACAUACAAUGUAUUCCAACGAAGACUUUUGGAUGUUAUCAUAGGCUUUAAGGGAUGGUGAAACCGUGUAAAGGGGAAAUAUAUCUUAGGAUACAUGCCUGUAGAAAAUCUACCACUCUAAAGGGCUGGGUAACCCCAAUAGGUGUCCCGACAAGUUUUCUGAGCAAACAAAUACACAUUUCCACAAUUUUAUUUUUGGGAGUGGGGUGGGGGGCAGAAUCAUCUCCAAAGUGAUUUUAAUUUAGAAAAGCUGUUUCAAAGUAUUACCAUGAAUAAAUAUGUGAUCAUAUUCCAAUGUAAUCAAGGGUUGAAAUUAUUGUUUUUGUCUGUUUCGGAUUCUUCCAGUCAAUUUGCAUUUUACAAAUUAUUUGUAAUUAUGUUCUGGCACCCCAACCAUCCGCUCAAGAAACAAAUUGACAUGUGGAUGAAUGUAAUUAGAGACCCCUGCUAUAGGGUAAUGAUUUGUAUUGCAUAAUAAAUAUUUUCAAGAAUGUUUUUUUCAGGUUAAGAUGUAUCAAUACAUGAAUGUGUGUCAUCCUAAGGAGUGUUUUUUUUAUGGACUCCUGCAACUAUUGCAGAAUGAAACAUCAGCAUCAAAUGAAGUAGUGGUUUAUGCUGAGUUCCUCAGGCAUGUCCUCCUUUUGUACUGCAACUCUCAGGGCUACAUGUUCUCACUUUCCAGAACACCCUCCAACACAAACACCUAAACACUAAAGCCUCAAUGUGAUUUUUUUUCUUUCUUAUAUAUAUAUAUAUAUAGGGGAUGUGUUUUUGUUUGCAUAGUUCUUCAGUGGUUCAAUGACGUGAAAGCUUGAGAUCGAGAACCAUGAUUGUGAAAAUGUUCCAUGUAAUCUUGGGAAGGACUAUAGCAUCUUAUUCAUUUCAUUCAACACCAUUACUUUAGAUGCAUUUGAAUUUAGACUUUCUACAGACAAUCUUUGUAAGGUAUACAAUAUGUGUAAAUUAUUUGUGUGGGGAAAAAGUCAUUCAAAUUAAUUAUUUUAUUGAAUUGUUAGCAGUUUUUAUUAGGUUGUGGUGUUAUUUGAUUCAUGUGCACAACUUGUUUCACAUGUGUAAUCAGAUGGUAUGUGAUUUACAGUUUUCAAUCAAUUUGGCACAUUUCUUAAUGUAAGUGGUCUAUUUUCAAAACUCAAACUGAUAACACUUGUAAUGCCCCCUAUCUUAUGUUUAGAACCUUUGAUUUUGCAUUCAUUGGGGUUUCACAUAUCUUUCACCACUGACUCAUUUAUGCUAAAUGAAAGUUUUCCAUUUAAAUAGUAUGAGCACAUUUAGUUUAGUCCCCAAUACAUCAGAUAAUGUUAUACUCACAAUUUAAUCAUUUUAACUACCAUUUAAUCAAAUGGCAAAAAAUACAAGAUACACAUUUCUAGUUUUAACCAGUUAUCAAACUAUAUAUGUUAACUACACAUUUUUGGUUCAGUAGUUUGUGAUUGUUUGUUAACGAAUGACAAAAAAAUAAUAUCAAAAGUAAAGUGAAUAUUGCAUUUUGAAAGCUGAUGGAUAGAUUGAAUAUGUAUCUGAAUUGAGUGAUUUGGUGCAGUGAACUUGUGAUUUUGGUUAUGUUUAUUCUAGUCAGUCAGUUGAAAGUGUUCUUAGAGUUUUCAAAAUGUACCACAUACUUGUGAAAAUUGAGUGGUAAAAAAACAGUGUAGCUAAUAUGAAAUAUUGCAUAGUUUAAACUUGGUGUUGAUGUAUUAUUUCGACUACUAUGUUGUCUUGGAUUUGUUUGUUUUGUAAAAAAUAAAUAUAGAUUUUCAGGGGGAAAACUAUUCCCAAUUAA